UCUGUGCUCUCGAACCAUAAAAAAAAAAACACCCAUACAGUGUCCCUUCAGUGAAAACCAGCCCGUGCAGUGUCCCCGUUCUCUAUCCCACCAUGGAGUAAAGAAAAUUAGGAACAGAACCUUUUCCUCCUGAAAGCAAACUCGCCACGUUGUGUGUGUGUGUGUUCGACCUCCUCGCACGCCCCACGUGUACGUAGCAAGCACUCAAGAUGGCCGCGGAGGUUUCGAGGAACGGCAAGAUCGGUGCCGGCGUCGUGCUCUUCCUCGUGCUUGCGGUGGUGGCUACGCUUGCAGUCGGCUCGGCCUUCGGCUGGUAUGAGGAAAAGCGGAAUCUGGACAUUCCACACCAGAAUGGAUAUAAGGAGCGGCUGGACGGCGCUAACCUCAAACCAACCCCGAUAGAGCCAUUUGAACUUCCAGAACAUUCCCGGCAUUCCUAUGAUGAACGAGAAGGACAGUAUGUGGACUUGGAGGAGUGGGCGGAGGAGAUGGGAGGCAACGGCAAAUGCGGCUGCAACCUGACGGCGCUGGUAAACCUCGUGAGCCUCCGCAUUCCUCGGGGACCCGCAGGACCUCCGGGGAGAGAUGGACGACCUAGCCCUCCAGGACUCUCUGGCAACCCAGGACCUCAAGGAGAACGAGGCCAGCCAGGACGGCGAGGGGAGAAGGGCGAGCGAGGAGAAGUAGGAUCUCCAGGCCCCGAAGGAAUCCAGGGGUCGAAGGGGGAGCCAGGGAAGGACGGCUUGCUCGGCCCCUCCGGCGCCCCAGGACCCGCCGGCCCCCCAGGACCCCCCGGCUGGCUCAGAGGACACGGGGAUUCGAGGACGCCGCAGGUGGAGGGACUUGAGACCGACGUCCUCUUCGGGGGGAACGCAGGCGAGCCGGGGCCCCCAGGAGCUAAGGGGCCAGGAGGCGACGUGGGCCCUCGAGGACCCCGCGGACACCAAGGCCUCAAGGGCGAGAGAGGCAUGAAGGGAAGCAAAGGACAGAAGGGAGAAGAGGGACCCCAAGGGCCCGUAGGACGUCUUGGAGACAAGGGAACACGAGGACCCCCUGGCGUUGAUGGGCUGCCAGGGACCCCAGGGCACAAGGGCCAGAAAGGAGAUCACGGUCCCCCCGGCAUAGGACGCAAAGGACCUCCAGGAACGCCAGGAGAGAAAGGAAGUCCAUUUUACUCAACGGAAUACGUGAGGAACAUCGUGCUGACGUCACUACAGCAAUACGUGGACAUCAACCCAGCCAACAGAGAAAAUUUGAGAGAGAUCGCCGAGCGCAUCGAAGUCAUCCUCCCCAAGGGCAAGGACGGCAUCCCAGGGGCGCCAGGACCCAGAGGACCUAAGGGCGAGGAAGGGGGCAUAGGACCCGUAGGACCCCCAGGGCACCCCGGCCACCCAGGACCUAUUGGCGAGUCAGGAGAAGACGGGCCUGUGGGCCCCCGAGGCAACCCAGGGCCGAAAGGAGAACCCGGAUCGCCAGGCCCUGUUAUUCUCAGCAACGGAACUGUUAUCGAAGUCAAGGGCCAAAAGGGAGACCGAGGAAUAGACGGGCAGGCGGGCAAGCGAGGCUCCCCAGGGCUGCCCGGGCCCCCUGGCCUCCCCGGACCCCCAGGGCACCAGAUCGCGGCAGGACCUUUCGACGCAGCAAGGGACACGACCUACAACUAUGACGUCACAGGCAUCAAGGGAGAGAAGGGGGAGCGAGGACCCCCCGGCCCCCCCGGUCCCGGCGUCGGGGCUAUGGGCAGGGGAGCCACGUACAGCUACGGCGGCGUUUAUGGUGUUGUGGCCCGCCCACGCCCACGACCUGGCCAGAGCCGCUUCGACGUCGAGGAAAACAUGGGCGGCUCCGGCUCUAUGGGACCCCCAGGUCCCCCCGGCCCCCCAGGCCCCCCAGGCCCCCCCGGCCCCGCAGGAACCGAAGGACCCCCCGGACCCCCCGGUAUCCCUACCCCGACGGCGGAGAAGACGGAGUACAUCCCUGUGCCCGGACCCGUCGGCCCGCCCGGUCCUCGUGGUCCGCCCGGGAUACCAGGUUCUCCGGCUUUCCUUCCCAAGAAAUACGGCUUCGGAUCGCCAUUGCCUCACGACACAGUGUUCGAUUCCUUCCCACCGACUUCGAACGUUGGCAUGGGCAUUAAUUCUGCUUCCAUUCUCCGAUUCACUUCUCGCACUUCUAUGCUUCAGGAAUGGGCGUACCACACCCCCGGCGCCCUCGCCUACGUUCUAGACGAGGACUCGCUCUUCCUACGGGCGGCUCGCGGAUGGAGGGAAGUUGCUUUUGGCGAGAUGCUGACGCCCCAGAUUGCCAACACGCCCCUACGACCGACGCCCACGCCCAUGAACCCCAACGUUGAGACGAUACCAGAGGAGCUGGCGACGGACCUCAGCACCGGCAGGGCUUGGAGGGGAGAGCCGAUGACGACAGACGUGGAGGACAACGAAUGGAAUACGAAGGAGCUCCGCCUGGCCGCCCUCAACGAGCCCUGGCAAGGUAGUUUCCACGACGUAGCCUCUCCGGACUACACGUGCUAUCGCCAGGCUAGGAGUGCCGGCCUGCGUGGGACUUUCAGGGCGCUGUUAUCGGGCCAGAGACACGACCUCGCCUCUUUGGUUCGUUUUGCCGACCGAGAACAGCCGAUUGUCAACCUUAGGGGUGAGCUUGUCUUGGGAUCCUGGAGGGACGUGAUGGCAGGUCACGGGGGUCAGUUCCUUGAGAAGCCGAGGAUCUUCUCCUUCGAUGGCAGGGACGUCUUGAGGGAUAGCACUUGGCCCGUGAAGUACAUCUGGCACGGCGCUAACAAGUACGGCGAGACGGCCUACAACCUCAACUGCAACUCGUGGUCCUCGUCAUCGUCCAGCGCCUUCGGAAUGGCCUCCUCGCUCAACAGCCUGCAACUCCUCGACCAGAAAAAGAUCGCAUGUGACAACCAGCUGAUCGUCCUGUGCAUUGAGACCACCAGCAGCCUCCCGAAGCGAAGAAAACGAGCGGUUGUAGAAGAAGAAGAAAAUGAAGACCGCAAUGAAGAAGAAAACGGUGAGGGAAACACAGAAAACGGGAAGCAAAGGGGGGACCCUGAAGCCUUAGGAAAGAAUGAGAAGGACGAUGAGGAGGAAACAGAUCUUGCCGCAUACAGCCCGGUCUCACAGCCGCUGGAAUCGACGAGCGCCCAGCUCAGUGACAAAGAAACAGAGAGUCACAAUAACUUACGCACGCAACAGAAACCUCCACCUCUUAUCCAGGAUCUCUAUCUUAUUUAAGCAAAUAUUAGCAUAAAGAAAAAAAAAAACAAAUAUUACAAUAUAAUCCUUUUGCACUCGUGUACUCUUCCUCUUUCUCGUUUUCUUUCAUUCUCUUUCAACUGCGAAGAUGAGAUUACCGUAAAUAAGGUUUGGAGCAACACGGGUCUAGACAGACUUAACUGAGGUAACGUGACUGUAUAAUAUACUAUAAUGCCAGUGUCUGUUGCCUGUUCACAUAUUUAUCAACGAUGUCUUCCUUUCCCCGUGUCUUCCGCCGUGUUUAUCCAUCUAAUUAUUUUCUUAACAAGAUGUUAAUUGUUCUUGUUCUCGUAUCAGAGGAUGUAAGGACGGUCCGCCUGAUAGAUGUCUACCAUUUUCGACCUUACGAACCAAGUCUUCCACGUGUGAUAAACGCCUUUUUGAUAUCUUCCAGGUUUAUGCAAACGAUGUCUUCCAUAUAAACCAAAUCUAUAUAUAGAUGUAAAAUAUACAUUAAUAUCUGAAAAGUAGCGAGAAAGUUUGAACGUAGUAAUAACUUUUACAAAAUAUUUAAGCACGUCUCUUCUAUGGCAGAUGGUGUUUUGAUGGUACCUGUAUAUAACUGUGUUUUUUUUGGUCAUAUAUCAUAAACGAUUCAUAUAUUGUGGUCAUGAAUGAUAGUAUAAAUAUAUAGAUGUAUGUAUAUGUGUGUAUAUAUAUAUUCACGAGGCUUUACAGUGUGGUGCAAGAGCGUUUUAGACUUUGACUCAUUAAUAAAUACAGACUAGUCAGAACUUGUACCAGAAUAUCGUAUAAUGUCGUUAUGAAAUGAAUAUUUCUCACAGACUGUCAAAUUUCGUUUUCUUCUCUGUCACUUACUUCAUCCCGUUUUCUUUCUCUUUCAAUUCAUCCCGUUUUCUUUUUCUGUCACUUACUUCAUUUUCUAUAAUGGAAUGUAAUCUGUUGCCAAUUUCAACGUUUGUAAUAACUAUAUUCAAGCUUUUAAAAUCUAAAUACAAAAAUAGAAAAAAAGCAAACAUUUGUAAUUGUGCUAUUCGCUACAAAAAUAGAAAACAAUAUAGAUCUUAAUAAAGCUUGCAGAGUUUAUACAUAAUACGUUUAAAGUCAGACAUUCCUAAAGGUUUUUGAAUCUCCUGUAUAUAAGACUUUCUUCCUAUAUUACCCCCCGCCCCUUCCUCCAUUAUCCCUUAGCCCAUGUGCCCGAAUCCCCAUUCCCGCCCCCCCAAAAAGUGCCCCAUUUCGUAAUCUCAUACUAAAUCUGUACACUUCAUACUAAAUGCUUUUACAAGUAAGUCUAUCUUCGGCUCACACUUCUCCGUACUUCGUGUGUGUAAAAACUUCCUUUGUGCUUUGUACUUAAUAGUGUUAUUCAAGUUUAACUUGUUCUCGUUUAGGAAUACAUACUUACAACCCUCCUCGAAUGUUAUACAUAUUGUAACUUCAAAUUAUCCUGCCUUCACUUGUAACAUGCUUACAAUCACCCUCAAGCUUCACACUUGUAAGCUGAAAAUGUUCCAAGCUUCACGUACUCGUCCCAGUGAUCGUGCUCAAGCUUCACACUAAUUAAGUAAAUUCUCUCUAGGCUUCACACUCUCUCGGUAGAAUCUUAAGCUUCACACUUAUUAUAACCCCCGUCCCAGUCUUCUUAUGCUUCGUAGAAUCCAUAGGCUUGACACUUAGUAUGAAUCCCUCUCACCAACCUUCUUAAGAGUUGGCUGCAUUUUCUUCAAGUUUCAUACUUCUCACUUCACUCUUCCUCGAUUUUCCACGAUGUCUAAGCUUCAUAUGUAAUCAUAUACGCCUUCUUUUCUCCAAGCUUAUCACUACAUAACCCCAAGCUUCACACUUAUCAUACUUCCCCCGCUCACGGUUUUUAAAACUUUUCAACUCGAUUCCAAGUUCUUCCAUUCACCCUCGCUUACUCCUUCACACUAACCCAUUCACACUCAUGGUAAUUAGAUCACGCUUAGCUUCUUAAAUCGCUUCGAAUAUAAUACAUUUAUUCUGAACUGGGCUCACGUAAUGAAGGAAAUUGCAAUAACAUUAGUAACUUGCAAUAACUAAUGACAUUGCCAAUGUCUGUGUGUUUUUGACUUCUGAUAUAUUUCAUGUCUCCUUGGGUGUAAAUUGUUUAUAUAUAUAUAUAUAUAUAUAUGAUUCUGUGUAUGAUAUUUUCAUCUUUUGUGUACUAUUAAAGGCCGUCUGUGAAGUGACUCAUAAUAAAAAUUGUAUGAUUUCAGUAAA